AUGCUCAAUGGUAAGAGACAGGGUUUUUUUAAGCCAUCGAGGGGGCUGCGCCAAGGAGAUCCUCUGUCACCAUAUUUGUUUAUUUUGGCCCAGGAGCUCUUUUCUAGAAUGAUUAACAGGGCAUUCGAAAGCAUUGUCGUUCAGCUUUUUCACUCAGGAGGUAUUAUGACUUUCUAUGGAACGUUACUGAUGGCUCCAAGAGAAGGAAGUAGGUCUCCUGGAGAAAAAUCUGCUACCCAGAAGAGGAGGGUGGUCUGGGCAUAUGGGACUUUGGCGAAGUUCAACAAGCUCUUUUUAUGA